AUGGCGUCUCCGUAUGCUCUGCUCCUGCUGCCUUCUCCACCAGCGAUAGUGGAGGAGGAGGUGAGAGACGCGUACGAGGAGGCUCUAGCAUCGGUUUUCUCGACUCUGUCGCAGUCUCUGGACGGUACCAGUUGCACUGCCACGCUGGAUAUUGCGUUAGCCAUCUCCGGCCUGGAGCCAGCUUCCCGUCAGCCCAGAGCCCGGGUGUUCCAGCCGCUUCAACACGUGCUGACCAACGUUUACAAGCUCAUCAUUGCUGUGUGUGCGUCAAGGAGCAUUGAGCUCGAUGGUCCGGGGGGUAUUGAUGCUCGGGUGGUGUUUGUCGGUGAUGUUGAUGAGGGUGCAGAUGGUGACAGAGCUCAACGGCUGGGACCUAUCCUCAGUCUCCAAACACUGGCGACAUCCGCUCGUUCCUGGAAUUCCAUCUUCUUCGUGGAUACAGCAUCCGGCCGGAAACUCCUGAACGCAUUCACUGGUAGUCUGCAGUCUCCGGUGCAUACGUACGGAGUUCCCGGAGGCAAGUCGGAUGAGGCCUCUUCGAACACUCUUCUCCUGGCAUCUGAAGGACCACAGGGAGUGGCUCGACACUAUUCUGUCGCUGUGGGAGGCACCUUUGACCAUCUUCAUAUUGGACACAAACUAUUACUCACCGCCACGGCACUGGCUUUGGAUCGGGUAGUAGAGACAGAUACGGGCCGAGAUCGAUCGAUCACAGUCGGGGUGGCAGCGGACGAGCUACUGGCGAAGAAGAAGUAUAUCGAAUUCUUGGAGAGCUGGGAUCAGCGGUACAGACGUACUGCUUCGUUUCUAACGAGUAUCAUCGACUUCUCCCCCCCACAGGACAGCGCUCCGCGGGUUCAAGAGGUGUUGGAGCCCGGUCCCAACGGCAAAUACGUCCUACUCCGGCUACGGACCGAUCUCGUCUUGAAGCUAGUCCAGUUCUCAGACAUCUAUGGUCCAACAAUCACGGACCAGCAAAUCAGCGCACUUGUUGUGUCCAGAGAGACUCGCGCCGGCGGCCAGGCGGUCAAUACUGAAAGAGCUAAGCAGGGUUGGCAAGAGCUUGAGAUCUUCGAGGUCGACGUGCUCAAUUCGGGGACAGCGGCAGCUCUCGCAGCCUCGAGACCCGACAGCUUCGAGACCAAGAUCAGCAGCACGGAGAUCAGGCGGCGUCGAAUGGAACAGGCCCAAGCACCACCACGGUCAACCUGA